UUUGAAUGUAAAUUCACUGGCACCUGUUCUUGUACCUGCACAUUUUGCUGUCGCUGUUUCUCUGGGAAGUGGGUCAGGAUCAAACUGAGUGGGAUAAUAUUAGCUAACGUGCGCGUCUCAGCAGACAGGCUUGUUUAUAGAGCGAGUUAGUAAGCUAGUUUAACUUAACUCGCUGUCAGCUUGCAGCAGGGACACGUCAUACACAGAGCUGUUACUACAGUCGAUAACUGUGACCUAUGUGCACUUAUAAUAAUGGAUGUUUACGAGGUUACAGACUGAAUUCGAAACAGGAAGUGACUUAAAACAUAUAUAGACGACGCAAAUAUGCGAUUGGCCGAACUGUGCGGCCAGAGAUCUUUUCACUGUAAAGAGGAACCACUCCGCAGUCGAGAAACGUUGUUUCCACUUCUUGAUCAGGAACAGGCCCUUCCUGAACAGGCUCUUUGAAAAAAGAGACUUUCAAUUUUUAAAAUACAGAACAGUAUUUUUUGUCUUCUGAAAGCAAAUUCUGACCAAUGUUUAUCUUUUCUAAAGCGUAUUUUUCUUGAGUACGUUAGAAUACUGUAGUGCUUGGUGAGACCUCUUAGUUUCCCCCUCUUUGGAUGAGAGAUAAUCAAAGUCUGAAGAUGAAGUGUCCAGAUUGUGGCCAUAAAAUUGUGGAGAAGACAGCCAGAUUCUGCAGUAAAUGUGGCACGAACCUGUCUGUCCAAACUACAAACACACAGGAUACGAAAGAUGAGCCCAAAUCCUUGGUAGCCGACUUGGAAGGUACGGCUGAGAAAUCAGUGUCAGAGAAUAAUGUCCCACCUGUGGACACCAAGCAAUCCAAUAAAUCCCCCAAACGACUGAGUGAUGAGGCCAUCAGCCACCCAAAGAAAAAGAAAAAAAAGAAGAAAAAAGGUAAAAAGAAGAAAGAUGACCAAGAUCAAAGUUAUUCUGACCAGUCCCAUGUCUCCCUGGGAGACAGCCAGGGACAGAAGACAAAGGGUGAAAGAGAAUUGUCUGACAGUGACAGCUCAGAUAAUGCAAUUGAUGAAACAUCGGACUCACCCCAAGACGGGCUGUCCUCCCUAGAGAGCCAGCCGACUUCCUUAGCAUCUAACGCUCCUGCCGCACCAUCUGAAGACUCAAAAGUCAUUCAGAGUGAAAAGACUGCUGCCACAGUAGAGGCAAAAAGCUCAGAGGAAGCUCCAGGUUACCCUGAUGAGGAAGAGAGCAAUGCACCAAAAUCAAUGGACGAUCAGACAGUCAGUACGGCUCAGAGUGAUGCUCAGACUCAGCAACCUGUCGUCUCAGAGCACAGCAAGAGUACGACUUCUCAGCCAGGUUCAGGCAAAAGGACGAAGACCAAUGACGAAAAGACUGACGGGAAAAGCUCAAAGAACAAGACUGACACGGCCGCCACGAAACAACCUGCACCGGACCAGAAUGCCAACGUGGAGCCAAAUAUGAAACAGAAAGGACAAACCAAACAGAAGGCAAAGAAUCAGCAGGACCAGAAACAGAGCAGCACUUCUGCAGUAGAGCAAAAGAUGGUUUUUGGUCCUCAAACACCAUCAAAGGCUGACAGCACAUCCUCCAGUGUUGACCCGGUGGGGAUGACAGAGGCUAUGGAGGUUCAGCAAUCUUCUAGCAUGCAGGAAUCAACUACAGCGCAAACCUCAGAUGCUGACAAGGAAAGAAAAGACAACAGUAGUGAUAACACAGAAUCCAGCACACCAGCUGUUCCACCACCCAAAAGGGUAACUAGGAACAAGACCAUUGCUGCAGGUGACAGGCUGACAAUUUACUUCCAUGCAGUUCUCUCAAAGGAUUUCAAAUUUGAUCCAAAUGAAGAUCAAAUCUUCAUCAGGGCUGGAUCCCAUAUUGGGACAUGGGAAGAAAACAUAGCGGAGCUGUCUGUGAGCAGGGAUCUUGGAGAACAUGGUUUUCUGGUGGAGGGCAGUCUGCCAGCAUCCAAAAAAGCUCAGUCUGUGUCGAUACCAUACAAAUACGUUGUCUAUCGCGUUAAAAAGAAGAAAUAUGACUUUGAGUUCAUAUACAAACUGGAUUCUAUGCAUCCUACUACCAACAGAUGUUUGUUUAUUAAGCCACACCUCCUCAAUGCCGACGGGGACUGGCAUCAAUAUGAUGACAUCAUCUGUACAGAGCCAGCAAAGGGCAUGCUUAAACGCCUUAAAGAGAAGCUCUGGCCUGAUCAAAGGAAGGAUCUGAUUCGAGGCAGAGAGAUUGCAGGGAAUAUAAUGCUGGAGACCAUAUUUGAUCUUCUCAGGAGCUGGACUGAUGUCAACCUGAGAAGUUUUCAGAUCCAGCUUAAUCAGUUCUUUAGCAUUUAUGGGGAUCCUUUUGUGUAUGAAGAAAAACAAAGGAAGUGGUACUCCUUAAACUACAACGAAGAAGAUGUGAGGAGGCUGCUAAAAGAAUUCCUGCUGACAAGCAUGAUUCCUCAGUUGCUAAAGGAUGGUGAUGGGGAAAUGCUCUACACUAAGGAUCCCAUGAAAGCAGCUGUGAUCAUGCUUUACGUAUGGAAAAAGUAUCAGCUCAAACUUGAUAAUGGUGAGCUCCAUCGGCUCUGCAAUGUGCUCUGUUUGCCCAAACUAGACAAAAACGACUUCAUCAAGUACUGGACACAGUUUUCUCAGGAUGUUGCCGGUUUCAAAAAUCUGCCAGACAUGUUGGUGUCUCUGAUAAAUGCUGUGAGAACAGCGGGAAUGCCCCGGUGGAUUCUGGUACUACCACUCCUCCACCUCCUCAAAGGGACCAUAAAGCCCUUUCAUGAACCAGCUUUUGGAAAGUCGUGGGACAGUGUAACCUGGGCAGGUCUGCAAGGCCUUGAAAAGGGUUCCUCAGUGUACAUGAACAGCCAAGAUAAAAAGGCACUGUUGAAUGUGAUUAAAAGCCACGCUCACCUGAUGGAAGUGGAUGCCCUUUUAGUGCGAUCUUGCCUGUACUUGAUGUCUUUGGAUGAACUGAUGGAGUGUGUCACGAACUUUAACACUGAGCUUUUGGACAUACUUCAGAUUUUCACCAACAAGGCUCCUCAGGAUAUUUCCUAUAGUAACUUCCAGACUGUUUCUGACAUUCUCUCACAUAUCCAAGGACAUCUCAUUGAGGAAAAAUACAGUCAGUUCACUGAGGCCUAUAGAAAAAGCUGCUUAGAAACAGCAGUGAAACUGUUGCAGAAGAUCUGCAAAGGAGUCAAACCAGCAUCAUAUCACCAGAACUACCCUGAUAUUCCUGUAGCUUGUAUGAAUCUGGUUGCAUCCGUGUCAGACUUUGUUCAUGGUAACAAACAAGAGGAGACCCAAGAAGGAGAAAGAGAGCAGCUAUAUCCCAAAGAGCUGAUCUCUCAAGCGUUGGUCAUUAUGAGAGACUGGAUCAGUCAGUCCUUCAGACAGAGUUUGCUCAGCAGGGGUCUGACAUCCCUGUACCACAUUGAGGCCACAGUGGAGAUUCAAAUAUGGGACAACAUAAUCUCCAUCCACUUCAAAGAUGAAGUUUGCACAAAACAAUGGAGACAGACAUUCACAAUGGAUUUUGAGGGCAAAUACAAAAAGGAAUCUUCUCUGGAUCAAGUUGAAUUCUACUGCACAAAGAUAGACAAGCUCCGUGAAUCCCAUCCACAUGUUGCUGCUAGUGUUGAGAAGUGUGCCCUUGAUGCUGUUACAUCUUUGUGCCAGAGCAAGUCAGAGGGAAAACUCUUUGAGAAAGUCCAGAUAAACUGGAAGUUUGGGAAACUCAUCUCAGCCAUUAUCGAGAAAUCCUGGCCAAGGGACCGUCACGGAAAUUAUCAGGAAGAUGAAGAAGUCGUACUUCAGCACCUCCUCUCCUGGACUGCUGCCAGAAACAUCUUCCAGCUGCACGGUGCAGAAGAAAAGCUGAUUGAGAAGCUCUCUGAAGAUGCCAGGGACAGAAUUGCUAUAGCUGUAUCAGCAUUUACAGCCAUCAACAAUCAACUGGUCCAUGGAAACCUUAAAACCAGUCUGCUGAAUGUCAUUUUGGAGAAGAAAAACACGUUCUUAGAUCUACUGAAGCUCGAUUGCCUCUCUGAGAAUGAACAAUACAAGGACAAUGCCAAAAUGAAGAGGCUAUUACAGUGGAGAGAAGAUGAAGUGAAAGCUGUGUACCAUGAGAAGGAGCUUGUCAAUGUCUUCUUAACAAUGAGCCACAAACUUGAGGAACAUAUGACAGUUGAUGUUGCCGACAUGGAGGAGACACAGCAGGUCAACAUUGAGAACAUACCCCUGAACCAUUUCAUGGAGGUUCAUCAGUUUGACCAAAUGCCGUCUCCCGAUGCUGGGACUGUCACCUUCUUUAAGCUGAAUGAAGAAAUCAGAGAGAUGGCAGAAGUCCUGUACACCUUCAGAGACAGCUAUAUAUUCAAAUUGUGUUGGGAGAAACAAGCCAAACUCCUGGCCUCUGAAGAAAUGGAGGUCGACAAUCCUGAUCAACGUGAAGUAGCAGACAUUAUGGCAACGCCAGAAAUGAUAUGUGAUGACAUCUUCCACCCUUGCUUUGCUGAUUAUAAAGACAUCUACACUUGUCUGAAGAAUAGCAGUAUAAGACUUGAGGAGGUAAACCAGCUCUUCUGCGCUUUCAAGGGCAAGUAUGAAGAGCUUGCACAGGAGCUGGACAUCAUGUGCAGAGCUGAUAAAUCGACCGACAAACAGUGGAUCCACAGCAGGGUUCAGCAAAUUGAGCAGUAUCAUGAGCUUCAUCUAGCUGUGGCUUCAGCUCAAUAUAUCAUGAUGGUCAAAGAGACACUUCAUCUUCAAGGGGACUUCAGGGUUCUGGAGACACUCACAGAAGCUAGUCAUGCGGACUUUCAGAAAGAGCAGCUCAGUCGGAUUGACAAUGACUUGAUGCAGGCAAAGAGGGUUCUGGUGGACAUCACUGAGGCCCGCCAACUGUGUCUGCAGGAACUGGGUCUCAGAAGGAACUUUGUAAAAUGGGUGAAAGAUGCACUUGAAGAUAUCAAUGAGUUAAAGGUUUUCGUUGACCUGGCCUCCAUCUCUGCUGGGGAAAAUGACAUGGAUGUUGAUCGUGUUGCCUGUUUCCAUGAUGCAGUCCUUGGCUACUCUUCAAUGCUAUAUGAGCUCAAAUCAGACUCUGGUUUUCAUGUUUUUAAAGAAGUGCUCAAGAAGCUCUGGAGAGCUUUGGAGAAUGACAGCAACCUACCAAAAAAACUUCGGGACAGUGCACGCCAUUUGGAAUGGCUGAAGACUGUGAAGGACAGUCAUGGGUCAGUGGAGCUGUCAUCUCUCUCUUUAGCAUCGACCAUCAACAGUAGGGGUAUCUACCUGAUCAGUGCACAAAAUGUAAACAAGUUAAGUCUUGACACCGUCCUGAAGCUGCAGAUUCCAGAAGAGCAUGAUGAGGGUCAGCAGAUGCGCUCCUAUUCCCUCGAGGAUCUGCGGGAGCUGCAGAACAAACUUAUGCUCAUGUCUGGGAAAGGGGACCAAGGCCAGCAUGAAGUUGAUCACUUUGCAGAGAUUUUUGCCAGUGUUCAAAGACUAGCUGAGGCAUUUAUCGCCCUCUACACUGCUGGGAAUCCUCUGUUCAGAUACUGGGAGGCACAAAUCAGCUGCUGUUUAAACAGCGAAGAACCCAGCAUUAUGAUGGACUUCAACCUUGGCAGCGUUGUAAGUGUUGUCAUUGUGGAAGGCAGCGUUGAGGAGCAGCUUCCUGACUUUUGCCGGAAAAUGGAGAAAUGUCUGGACUAUUGGAUGGAUUUUGUGGACAAACAGCGGUCUCAGCAUUACUAUCUCAACUACUACACAGCUGAACAGAUUGUGUAUCUGUGUAGUAAGCUGACGCAGGAAAAUGUGACCAACGUGGAGGACCAAGUUCUCAUGAUGCUCUCAUUCGUCAAACCAAAUUGCACAUCCUCAGACUUGAGACAGGUCAACCAUGCACUCCAGUAUGAAAUAAUCACCGAACCAGAAGAGCAAAAUGAUGACAUUGAGUUCCAGACCUUCACUGUAGAGCCAAGAAUGGAACUGGGAGAUCCAGGCUUCGCCCUUGAAAUGGAUCCUCUGCAAAGUCUUGUGGAGUCAAAUGGUUCACAGAGAUUUGAUCUGAUAUGGAAUGCUUACAUGAAAGACAUGAAGAAUUUUCUUCCACACAUUCUUGAUAUGAGAAGUCUUGGAAAACUGUUAGAAAUACUGGCCAAUAAAGACGAUGAAGAUGAAGAAGACAUUGCUGAUGAUAACAUGAAGAAUCUCAUAAUGAGGCAGUUGCCUAAAGGCUUGGCCACCGGAAAUCCGAACCUCAUUAUUUGCCCACACGAUGAGGUCUUGACAUCUGGCAUCUCCAUUUACAUGAGUAGUGAAGAUGAGGUACUUCCUACUUAUGAUGAAGUCCUCCUGUGCAACUCUUCAACGCCAUAUGAACAGGUGGAACUGUUCCUCAGGCGUUGUCUCAGCACAGGCAACAAAGGAGAUAAGAUAUACACUCUAUUGUAUGGAGAUCUUCUCACUUAUGAUGUGAGCUCUAAAGUUGAGAACUUUUUUCACCGAAUGAAAAUGCAGAGCCGGAAAGACUACAGACUUGUUAUCAUCUGCAGCUCAGAAAGAGAACAUGCCUACCUUCCUUCAGCCUUCAGCCAGUACAGAUUGCACAUGGUUCCCCAGGAGUCAUUGGCCAGAAUCCAGUGGUACCUGCACAAACACUUUGUUGUCCCAGCAGAUCAGUGCAGUGCUGCAGCGGUAUUUAAAGACCGUCUCUGCGUUGGUGUUGUUUCAUCCAAAAGGGCUGGUGUUGGUAAAUCUCUCUACAUCAGGAGGCUGUAUGAAAAGCUGAAGCUCUCAACCAAAAAGUCGUCAGUGAUGAAGUGCAUUCGCUUGAUUGAGCCUAAUGUCGAUGAGAAUGCCAUUCUUCAAUCUCUGUUGAACACUCCCAAGACAAAAGAACUUGUGAUGUUCCAUUUUGAUGUCACAUCAUCGGUGCAGAAAGGUCUCCAUGAGUUUCUCUUCAAAUUGUUGAUUCUGCGCUAUUUGAUGGACUCUGAGGGGAAGAUGUGGAAAUGCAGUGACAAUCAACUGUAUCUCAUAGAGAUUUUAGAGCCCAUUGUCAAGACAAGCAGAAAUCCUUCACGGCAGGAUCAAACUGUGAGCAGCACAUUCACAGAUGUGUUUCCAAAUAUUUUCUGCCGACCACCCAAAGAGGUGCUAAUGCUAGAGAUGAGAACGCAAGAAGAUCCUACAAUUGUGAGCUCUGAUGAUCCACUAAUGGAUGAUGAAGAAUUCAGGAGUGCAGCCUUCCAACGGCCAUACCAGUAUCUCACGCGUUUCCAUAACCACAGUAAUCUUGAUGUGUUCACAUAUCAGGGUGUUGAAGGAACCCACGUGGAAUGUCUUCAGAUGCUUCUCAUGUUCUGUGGAAUUAUGGACCCAUCCUGGGCAGAACUGAGAAAUUUUUCAUGGUUCCUUAACCUUCAGCUGCAAGACUGUGAGACAUCUGUUUUUUGUGAUCCUACUUUCAUUGAAGACACUUUAGCUGGAUUCAAAACCUUUGUGGUGGACUUCAUGAUUCUGAUGGCAAAGGACUUUGCCACUCCAUCACUUAGCAUCUCUGACCAAAGUCCUGGCAGGCUGCAGAUGGACCUGACCGGUGUCCAAGAUGAAGACUUGGCUCCUUUUCUAAUUAGGAAGAGAUGGGAAACAGAACCACAUCCAUACAUCUUUUUUAAUGAUGACCAUGUGUCCAUGACCUUCAUUGGUUUUCAUCUUCAGACCAAUGAACAGAAUUCUGUUGAUGCGAUUGAACCCACCUCUGGAAGGGUGAUAAAAAAGAAUGUCAUGACAAAGGAAUUGUAUGAAGGCCUGAAACUACAGAGAGUCCCUUUCAACAUUGACUUUGAUCACCUUCCAAGAGGGGAGAAAAUAGAGCGAAUAUGCAAUGUUCUUGGAAUCCAGUGGCCUCUUGACCCUGAUGAAACGUAUGAGCUUACAACUGACAACAUUCUAAAGAUGCUGGCAAUUCAUAUGCGGUUCAGAUGUGGCGUCCCUGUCAUUAUCAUGGGGGAAACAGGUUGUGGAAAGACAAGGCUCAUCAAGUUCCUUUGUGAACUGCGGCGGAGUGGAGUGGCCACUGAAAACCUGAAACUGGUCAAGGUACAUGGAGGGACAACUUCUGAUAUGAUUUACACCAAAGUCAGAGAAGCAGAAGAAAUUGCUUGUAUUAACAAGCAAGACUAUGGAUUUGACUCUGUUCUCUUCUUUGAUGAGGCCAACACUACAGAGGCCAUCAGCAGCAUUAAGGAGGUCCUCUGUGACAAGACAGUCAGGGGGGAACGUCUGACACCAAACUGUGGAUUGAAGGUUAUUGCAGCAUGCAACCCUUACCGAAAACACACAGAUGAGAUGAUUCAGAGGUUAGAAUCUGCUGGCCUUGGGUACAGAGUCAGAGCAGAAGAGACAGAUGAAAAGCUUGGGUCAAUCCCUCUCCGCCAGCUAGUCUACAGAGUUCAAGCAUUGCCACCAAGCAUGAUCCCUCUGGUCUGGGACUUUGGACAGCUAAAUGAUCACACAGAGAAAAUAUACAUCCAGCAGAUUGUACAAAGAGUGAUUGAAAACAAAGCGAUCAAUGAAAGUUACAUCAAGUCGAUCACUGACGUUCUUUCAGCUUCACAGAAGUAUAUGCGGACAAGAAAGGAUGAAUGCAGCUUUGUCAGCCUGAGAGAUGUAGAACGCUGCAUGCAGUCAUUUGUUUGGUUCUAUGACAAUCAUGUCAAGUUGUUGGGUCAACUUAAAGAAUUUGAGAGUAAACAAAAUGCUGAAAACAUUGAAAGGCAUCAGAGAUCGUCUGAGGUCAGAGACCCUGUGAUUUGGUCUCUAGUCAUGGCCAUAGCAGUGUGCUAUCAUGCCUGUCUGGAAAACAAGGAUAAAUACAGGCAGAAAGUCAGCAAAAGCCUACCACCACCAUACACCCCAGCCAAAGUAAUGCACGAAAUCUCACUCAUGCAGGAUUUACUUUUGAGUGGUGUGCCAAUGGGAGACACCAUUGCAAGAAACAGUGCCCUCAAAGAAAAUGUUUUCAUGAUGGUUCUCUGCAUUGAGCUAAGAAUCCCCCUCUUCCUAGUUGGAAAACCUGGGAGUUCAAAAUCUCUGUCUAAAACUUUGGUGGCAGAUGCAAUGCAGGGCCAAGCUGCUCAUUCAGACCUCUACAAAAUGCUGAAGCAGAUCCAUUUGGUGUCUUUCCAGUGUAGCCCUCACUCAACACCAGAGGGCAUCAUUAAUACAUUUAAGCAAUGCGGGCGCUUUCAGGAAGGAAAGAACCUGGAUGAGUACAUUUCAGUUGUGGUUCUUGAUGAAAUUGGGCUGGCUGAGGACUCUCCAAAGAUGCCACUGAAAACUCUCCAUCCACUGCUAGAAGAGGGAUGCAUUGAUGAUGAGCCACUACCACACAAAAAAGUUGGAUUCAUUGGGAUAUCCAACUGGGCUUUGGACCCUGCAAAGAUGAACAGAGGCAUUUUUGUCUCCCGUGGUGAUCCUGAUGAGAGGGAACUCAUUGAGAGUGCUAAAGGCAUAUGCCGAUCCGAUGCAAUGGUUUUGGAGAAGGUCAGGGAUUUCUUCACGCCCUUUGCGAGAGCCUAUUUGAACAUUUGUCGCAAACAAGGCAAAGGAUUUUUUGGUCUGCGUGACUACUACAGCUUAAUUAAGAUGAUUUUUGCAGUAGCCAAGGCUUCUCAAAGGAAACCCACUGCAGAGGAAACCGUGAAGGCAGUGUUAAGGAAUUUCAGUGGCAAAGAUGAUGUUGAUGCAGUUACUGUCUUUACCAAAAGACUGCAGAUUGUACCCAAACUGGAGAAUAUUAGUGCCAUUGAGUUUGUGAGAGAAAACAUUCAAGCAGUUGGACAGGAAGAGGAAUGUCGGUACCUGCUGGUGCUAACAAAAAACUAUGCAGCCCUACAGAUCUUGCAGCAAACCUUCUUUGCAGAAAGUGGACAGCCAGAGAUAAUCUUUGGAUCUAGUUUCCCAAAAGACCAAGAGUAUACCCAAAUCUGCCGCAACAUCAACAGAGUAAAGAUUUGCAUGGAGACAGGUCAGACAGUUGUGCUUCUGAACUUGCAGAACCUCUAUGAAAGUCUUUAUGAUGCCCUCAACCAAUACUAUGUCUGCUUGGGAGGACAAAAAUAUGUGGAUCUUGGACUGGGAACCCACCGUGUGAAAUGCAGGGUACACAAUGACUUCCGGCUUAUAGUCAUUGAGGAAAGAGAGGUGGUCUAUAAACAGUUCCCAAUACCUCUCAUCAACAGGCUGGAGAAACACUACCUGGACAUCCAGACUGUCCUUAAAAUUGGACAGAAAAAACUGGUGGAUGAAUUAGAGAGAUGGGUGACACUUUUCGUGUCUCUCAACAGUCAGAACACAGCAGUAGCUCAGACUUACAAGUACAAGCCACCAGAUGUCUUCAUUGGCUACCAUUCAGACACAUGUGCUUCUGUGAUACUCCAAGUAAUAGAGAACCACAAGUACAGUUUGGAGAUCUCAGAUCCUGAGAGGAGGACACUGGAUGAGGCAAAACUCAUAUUGCUUAAAUGUGCUACACCAGACUCAGUGGUGCGGUUGGACUGCACAGGCCUUCCCAAAGUGGAGAGUGAAUAUUUGGCCAGGGUCUUCUUUGAAGAGCAGAAUAACAGCUGUUUAGCUAACUUCAUUCUUGCUCACACCCGGCAGGAAAUGUAUUGCAACGCCUCCUUCACAGAGGUGACAACAUUCUCCAGACUUCUGACAGCAUCUGACUUGAAACCACUGGAGCAAAUCUUGUGCAGUGUUGAGCUUCUCUCACUGCAGCAGUUUGACACAGAGCACUCCUUCCUGAAGAAGAUCAGGAACUUUCUCACGGCAGAAAAUGGUAGCAGUAUCACUGGACCCUGCAACAAGAUCCUCAUCAUUCAGUGUGAUUUUGAUGAAGCCUCUCAUUGUGCCAAUCUCAUUGCUUCUGCAAAGUAUUCAUCCAUAAAUGAAAUCAACAAGAUAACUCAGGAGAACACAGGGAGCAAGGUGUUUGUCUACUUUAUCACUCGACUGCCAAGAAUGGAAGGAGGAACUUCCUAUGUUGGCUUUCAUGGAGGUCCUUGGAGGUCAGCUCACAUUGAUGACCUCAGAGAGUCAAAAGACAUUGUGUCAGACAUCAAAGCCUUGCAAAAAAUGACAAUCAGUCAGAUGUUUGAAACAAAGAUGAGUCAGUCUGAAGCCAUGGAGGUGGAUGACAUGUACACUGAGAAUGAGCAGGAGGAAAUGGAGUUAGAGGAAAAUGGCCUUGAUAAUGUUGUGGACACCACAGCACUGGUGCGGAGCUGUGUGCAGAGUGCAGUGGGCAUGCUGAGGGAUCAGGUGGAAAGUGGCUUCCGCAGUACCCAGAGAGUUGAGAUCCUGCUGACGCUCCUCAAUGACAGUGACGAAAUUAAAAGUGAAUUUCUGCAAACUGUGAAGAGGCAUCUUCACUCAUUGGUGGUGACUCAUGAUGGAAACAACCUCUCAUCCAUCAAAAGCAACUGGGUCAUCAAGGAAGCCUCAAACUUUGAUGCCUUGCAAGAAGGAGGCACCUUCAGGCACGCCUUAUGGAAACGUGUUCAGGCAGUGGUCGCCCCCCUGUUGGCACAACUGGUUUCAGUCAUUGACCGCGACCAAAACUUGGACAUCCUGCUCGAUGCAAACUGUGGACAGUCUGUCAAGAGGCUGUGGUUAGACAUCUUUGGCAAUGAUAAAUUGCUGGAAAUCACACACCUGACACCGGACCACAACUCUGAGUCAAGAACAAUCCUUGUACAAAACUACAUUGCCCAAGAGAGAAACAGGGGCUGCAGCAUGCCCUUCAGUUGGAGGAUCAAGAACUAUCUGGAGGAACUCUGGGUUCACGCACUUCAACAUGAAGGCCACACUCAACAGGAAUUUGAUGAGUUCUUUUGGAGGACACCACUUGGACGAUACAUUGCAAAAGCAGACCAAGAGACGCAGACAGAGUUUUUUCACCGCUACCUUCAGGAUUUCAUCUGCAUGACAAUGACCGUGACUUGUCCGGAAGAUCUGCAGCUCCUGUGUGGUGCCUUGAACUGUUGUGUCAAUGAGCUUCGAUUGAAGCUCAAUGCCAUGGAUACAGCAACACCUCUUCCAUGGGUCCAUGCUGCUUAUCAUAAGUUCAAGAACCGACUGCAGAACUUCUCCAGAAUGGUCUGCAUUGAGCCACAGGUGAUCCAGCACCUCUUGAACAAUCAUCUUUCCAGAGAUGGGGUUGAACUGGUACUCGAUGUGUACACUGCUUUAGCAUGUGUUGAGUAUCUGGAGCCUGGAGUCCUGGACACAGAUGCCCAAAGACAAGCCUGGCUCAGACAGGUCAAAAACCUCCAGGUUCCCAUUGAGUUGAUCUGCUCUGAGGACAGUGUGAGACGCUAUGGAGAGAGGAGCAAGGCGAUGGUCUGUAGAGUCCAAGCGGGAUGGAAUCGAAUAUUUUCUCUCUCUCUGUUUGUGGAGCACAUGUUGUUGGGCAUUGAGGAGGUAGAGAAGACGCUGACACCUUUAGUUUUGGACCAUACAAGAAGGCUUGGCCAGAUACUGGAAAAGAACUCAGACCUCAAAACUCAUCAGGCAUUUGAGGCAGUAAUUCGUUUGCUCAAAACCUGCAAAGAAGGAGCCAUCGAUUGCAUCUUCAGGUUUGGUCUUAGGCUGUGCCCAGUGUGUAUGGGAGAUCCCCAAGAUCCACUCUGCCUGCCAUGCGACCACAUCUACUGUCUGGCUUGUAUACAACAGUGGUUGGUUCCUGGUCAGAUGUACUGUCCCCUGUGCAUACAACCAGUUGACGAUGACUUCCCCAUGGUUCCUUCAGAUGCCAUAAGGAUUCUAAUCAGCCAACAUGCUCAGUUCAGGAAACAGUGCAAUGCUUUCUUCAUUGACCUGGUGUCCACUGUGUGCUUCAAGGACAACACCCCACCCUGUUCAGAUAUCAUUCUCCAUUUGCUGUCCUUUCUCAUGGUGGAGGCCCCGACUGUUCCCAUUCUCAGAGGUAAUCGAAAAAUCCUGACAAAGAUGCUCUCCCCCUUUGACGACUCUGUGGAUAAAAAUCCAGUGGUUCGAUCAGUAGUACUCAAACUCCUGCUGAAGUACAGCUUUGAUGAAGUUAAAGGUUACCUGCAGCAGCAUCUGGUGGCAGUUGAGCAGAGCAACAUCUUGGAAAAGACGGACAAAACUGAACUCUACUUGUUGUACAUUAACUGCCUGGAGGAUUCCAUGUUUGAGAGGUUUCAGUUCAGAUCCAGUGCAGACCGGCAGGUGUGUCUGCAGGAUGAAAGCACCUUUGUGAAUGACUACCUGCAGUCACAAUCUGCUGAAACAGUUAGUGUGGAGUAUCUGCAGCAUGUGGCCAGAGUGCGUAUGGACCUGGAUAUGGCUGCUAGACUCAUUGUGGAAAAACUGAGAGCCCCAGAGGCUCAAAAGAGAGAUCAAACCACAGCCUUCCUGACUAGUGUGGUGAACUUGUGUAUGCAAAGUGGAAACGACUGGUAUCGCGUCUACUUGAUCCGUAAGAUCUGCAGGCAACAUGGAGUGGAGUUUGUCCUGAAACUCCUCCAAGAGGAUUUGGUGCACUGGCUCUUCCCUGAAGAAGUUCUACAAAAGAAUGAAGAGGCCACCCCAAUAGACCAGUAUCUUGUGUGUGGGGUGCACUAUCAGACUAUCAGAAAUGCUGUCGCAAAAGGAGUCGUGGAAGGCAAAGUACACAGACUGGACGAGACUUGUGAGGAGUGUAGAUGUUCGCCACAGCAGACGGCGGUGUAUCUUCUGUUGGCGCUAUACAGAGAAGUCACCACUCUCUACAGAGAACCCAAUGCUAGCUUUCAUCCCAAGCCCGAGGAAGUGGAAGCACUGGUGGCAUACAUCCAGAAAUCCAAAUUCCUCACAAGCCCAGAGAUGAAGACCUUCGCCCAGGCUCUGGUGACCAAUGAGCUUAGGUUAUUACGUGUUCAUCCCGGGACCUCUACUGCCCAGUGUGUGUUGGUGGACUUAACUAUUCACCUGGCUGCUGUUUUGCUCUGCGGAAGCCAGGGAAUCUUAGCCCCUCUGAAGCAGCUGGCAAUGACACCUGCCAACAUGCAGAGAGCUUUCUUGCCUACCAUGGCAGACGACAUGUUAGCAGUGGCUCAGCAAGCUCUGGGACAGACGUUGCGGUGGUACCAUUGUCCAAACGGUCACCCCUGCACGAUUGGAGAGUGUGGCCAGCCGAUGGAAGAGAGUCGUUGUGUGGACUGUGGUGCUGUAAUUGGAGGAGUCAAUCACCGGGCUGUGCAAGGUUUUCAAGUUGUUCAAUUGCAGGGUGACCGCACUCAGACAGGCCACAUCCUUGGCGACCCCAGUCGCAGGGGCAAUCCAGACAUGCUGGACACAAAGAACAUGUCCCCUGUUCCCUUCACCAUUAUCCGAAUGCUCACUCACAUGGCCAUGCUGCUCGGUGCAUGCAGCCAACUACAGUCUCUCUCUGACAUCAUCAAGCCUCCAGUCCCUGAUCCAGAUGCAUUUCUGCUUGCUCACCUGCAAGAGGAUUUGAAACAUCUUAUCAGAUCCCUGGGUAAAGGGACAGACGACACAGUCAGUGUUGUUCACCUGCUCAUCAGCAGCAUCCUGGAGCCCAACCCGCAACAAAAUUGGCCUGUUCGUUAUGACAAUCUGCUUUCCACCAAAGAGGCUAGAAAUGCAUGGGAGAUGGAAGUUAGCAACGCCAUCAUCACACCUCAGCUGAAGCACUUGGAUAGACAGCUCAAUGAAGUGAACGCAUUCAUCCGGGCUGACUCUCGCAUUUCUGCCAGUCCAAUCAUGAAACUCUUGUUUGGUGAUCCACGUCUCUUCUUGGCCUCACUUCCCCCAAAUUCUCAGAUCCAUUGUUCUGCCAUGUGGAGCUGCAGGGAGAAGGUGUCUCUGCUGAGCCUCACCCACAUUGUAGAGCAGAAUGACGGCAAAGACACCCUGCCUGUGCUCUGGAGAUUUCUGCAUAAGGAAGCAGAGCUCCGACUGGUGAAGAACCUUCCUGAUAUCCUCACACUUGAGAGAGAUCUGGUAAAGAGGUUUCAAAACGUUACUGAGCUGCCUUGCAGCACCAUUGAUGAAUUUCUCCAGAGUCAAAAAGCAGCUUCGCUGAAAGUCUGGUAUGAAAGAUACAUCAGAAUCUUCCUGACAACCUGGAAUCAGCUCAGACUGUCUUUGGCAACUAACGGUGAGAUUAAGAUCCCAGCUGAGUUCUGCCAGCAGGACCUGGACCUCAACAGCGACUUCAAGGUGCUCUUACCACGACGACAAGGCCCGGGCCUGUGUUCUACAGCGCUUGUCAGCUACCUCAUUGCCCUGCACAAUGAUAUGGUCUACUGUGUGGAUAAACACACUGGAGAAGAGACCAGCUACAAAGUGAGCCCUGCAGAUCUGACUGACCUGCAUGUGAUUCGGUAUGAGCUGGAGAGAGACCUGAUGCCCCUGGUUCUUUCCAACACCCAGUACAGCAUUGAAAAAGGCCAGGAGACUCUUCUUGAGUACGACUUGCCUAAGAUCCAGCAGCAGAUUGUCUCCCGUUUCCUACUGGGCAAACCACUCAUCACUCUCAAUGGCAUUCCAACACUAGUGAACCGACAUGACCGCAACUAUGAGAUUAUCCUGAGGGAUAUAAAAGCAAAAGUACAGCAAGAGCCUCUGCAGACUCUCACCCUGUUUGCCGUGGUUGGGGAGCUGCACUCCUACAGCGAGGUGUGUGAUGCCUUAUCCACGCUGGAAGUGGCCCUUGGUUUCCUCGCAAUGACUGGGGGAGAGCCUCACAUGCAGCUGUCCGACUACCUGGAGGAGGUGCUGCAGAUGGAAAACCAGAUGGCUCCGCAUAUCUUCAAGGCCUUGAGCAUGUGCUGUCUAAAGAAUUGUGUGGCCCUGUGGCAGCUGCUGGCCUCACUCAAAUCAGAACAUGUGCUGCGGCUCAAGAGGGAUCCAUUUGGGGGAGUCUCAAAGGAGUACAAACAGGCCCUGGGUGAGGACGAGCACAGACUGCUGAUUGGCUUCUUUUCAAAGAACAGCGCUGACAGCUUCGUGUUGGAGAUGCAUGAGUUCCUGAUGCUGGUCCUUAAAAAGCCCAAUGCACCUGACACCUUCAGGCCUGACUGGGGCCUCAAAGACACACUGUUGUCUUACAUGGAGCGUAAAGACCUGGACAUUCCCCCUGACGUUGAGGAGCUCUUCCCGGAGGAGAUCCUGCUGUCCCACUAUGUUGAAGCCUGGAAGUUCAUUGUGGCCUUCAAACAGGAACGUCACAGACAGUGAUGAUGGGGUUAAAGAGAGGUUAUUUUUUAUUUUUUUUUUGCAUGCCUUCUUUUGUUAUCUUUAAAUCAAAUCUCUUAGAAGUUUACAAUCACUAUCAAUCAACAGUAUUCAAAAGCGAUAGAUGAUAUCCUUAUUAUGCAGAAAAAAUGUGCCUUUUUGAGAGCACUUAUGUUGAGCUUCAUAACACAGUACAAGUGCACCGUUCACAUUUACAACUGAUCUGUCUGACAAUGUGAAUUUUGGAAAUGGCAUUGUCUCUUGUUCUUGCUUUGUAUUGUUUUCCUUUCUCCUAAGCAUCGACAUGCAGAGUUUCUGUAUAGCUGAAAGAAUUAUUUCGUGCACUUUACUUGUAAUGUGAAUUUGUCUGUCCCAAAGAGGCAGAAAAAUCAUCUUUGUUCUUCUCAGGUACAAAAUGUGGUUUAACUCUAGGGACUUAAGAUCAUGCUGACCAAAGGCAAUUUAUCAAGUGUAAUAAGUCUUUUUCUUGUUUGUUAAAGUUGCACUUGCCUUUCUUCCACUUUUUAUCAAUUCGUUGUCUUAAACAACUUAAACAAGUUUUUUCUUUAGGUAUCCAUUAGAUAGCAUAUUUGCAGAAUGGAAAAUAUUUUGACUUUAUUAGUUUAGUUGUUUUUUAUGAGUUUGGCCAAACAUACUACUUCAAUAAAGCAUAAAUGUUAGUGUGUGUUUUGUGUAUUAUGACAUGAUCAUACAGAACAAUACAUACUCUCACGUCUCAAAUGUGGCGUCUUAUUGGCCUCAUGCUGCCGUGUCAAAAGUCUUGACGCUGCCUCCUCCAACUUUAUAGCUAACCGUUUAGUAAUGUCACUUAAAUUUGUUAAUAUGUUGCAACAGUACAAUUAUACUGUGGUGUGUUGUGUAUCUAUCUGCCGUUGUAGACAAACUACAUUAUUUCAGUCAUAAAUUUAUACUCCAUGAAAUGUGGAUAUUCACCACCUGUGAGAAUAAAACUAUUUGUGGGCAUAAGCAGGUUAAAAACAGAACAUAACUGAA